AUGGCCCCCGUGAAGCGCAGAGAUCUGGUCUUCGCCGCUAUCGCCGUCUUCGUCGCCUGGGGGUACCUGACCCAUUGGCAGCCCAAGCUGCACUACCUGCCCUACGCCUUCUUCGCCGGAGUACUCGCGACGCUCGCCCUGCUAGCAUGGCUCACCUUCACGAUCGCCUGGGACACAGACCUACGAAGCGGGGGAAAGGUCGACUAUGGGCCGCGCCAUGUCGCCUUCGUUGCGCCGGGCAGGUGGAAGGCUGAGCGGGAGGCUUUGGACAUGAGGAAUAUGUACAUGAUGGAGCCGCUAUACCCUGCGUCCUUCAUGAUAUCAGACAGCAUCGACGUGCUCAUUGGGCUGAUACUGCGCGACUUCGUGAAGAGCUGGUACGGCAGUAUCAGCAAAAGCCCAACCUUCGUCAACGAGGUUGACAAUGCGAUACGGGCUGCAAUGGGCGAGAUCCGGGAACGUAUACUGGCGGUAGAUAUGGUCGAGACAGUCGUGUCGCGCAUGAUACCCCUUAUCACCGAUCACUUGCGGGCAUCGUACGAGGCAGAGCGCAUAGUCCGCGGACGCAAGCUGUCGCGGAACAUCACAGAUUCUGAGGAGCUUGAUCUGGCCAUCGCAGCCAAAUACAAGGAGGGCCGGUUGCACCCGGCGGCGUCGUUGGCAUACUCGAAUACCAAGCCUAUACAGCAGCAACAUCUACGAAGCAUCGUCACGCGACUACUGCCAAAGAUUAUGCCUGCGAACAUGUCAACCAGUCCCGCCGUCAAUGUACUGAUCAAAGAGCUUGUGGCCUGCGCAGUCCUCUCUCCUGUGAUGCAGAUGCUCGCUGACCCAGACACAUGGAACCAGCUUAUGGAGGGCUACGGACGAUCGUUAAUACAGGAAAGGAAAACCGUCCGCAAGAUUCGAGCUGCUCUCGAUGAACAUGCUCCGCCCUCACCGAAGAACCCCAAGAACGUCCAGUUUCCGAAGCUUGCGCCCGGCGAUAACGAACGACGGUUCGAACGUUUCAUACGCGCCAUUAGGCAGACCAACACUCUUGCAGAUGCUAGACGAUUUCGCAGCGAAGUGUCAAGUCAAUUGCGGAAGGAUUCCACGGUAGAAGAUCAAGACCCUGUCUAUCUGCGGCGCCUGGAAACAGCGCGACAAAUUUUGGAUACAAAGGUCACCAACCUCAGUGCCGGUGGCUCGGUGCGGGCAAAGGUUGCUGCGCAGGAGAAGCCGAAGCACAAGCGUACUUCGUCCAAGUUCGCAAAUGCGUCUCUGCGCGAAGUGCUGUACGAUGCCUCAGGACUGUCUUGCUUCAUGGAGUUCAUGGACCAGGCGGACCUGAUGCGGCUGGUGCAGUUUUGGAUCGUGGUGGACGGUUUUCGCAAUCCACUGGAAGUAGAGACUGAAGAAGCGCCGGACUAUAUAGGCUCUCUUCCUGCAUGGACAGAGUCUGACCGUGCAGACCUGGCGCAGAUCUACGACGGAUAUUUGUCGAACCCGGAGUUGAAGAUACUCCCCGAAGCUCGACAAGCGGUCUCUGAGUUUCUCAAAGCCGGGCGGAAGGCGACUCCGCAGCAGUAUCAUAAUGCGCGACGUUCUUUGCUCCAAGCUCAGACGGCGGCGUACGAACAAUUACAGGAACCCUACUUCCGAAGGUUCAAGAAGUCCAACUUGUAUUACAAGUGGUUGGCCAUGGACGAGGCGGCGAACGCUCAGAACAGCAGUGUAAAUACGAGGACUGUGGCGCAAACACUCGACAAUUCGUCUGCGGCUCCACCUGCUAUGAUUCGCACCCAGUCAAGGCAGAAGAGCGCAUUGCAGAUACCACAAGGAGACUUGCGUCGAGCUGUCGCAUCGUCAUCAGACCUCAAGAGCCAAGGAACCGUCAAAAACGCCGAGCCACCUGCACGGCGUUCUUUGGAUGUACAUAGGUCAUCAUCUACACGCGCACCUCUCUUCGACGAGGACUACGACUCAGACCCUCUCGCACACUCGACCGCAAGCCUCAACUCAGACUUUGGUCAUGACCGCUCCAAUGGCAACAACACGCAGGUCGUCGAUGCUAUGCAGGCCGCCAUCAUCGACAUUAUGGACGAGCCUGAGGGUUCAAUAUUCUACGAGCCAGGUCUGAAAUCGCCACUGGAUAGUGUUUCCAUGCGAGGAUCCGUCGAUCUACCACGAGCGUCGUCCCCAGCCCCACAAUCACAAUUGCAGCAAAGCAAAGACAGUCUCAAGCCAAGCAUAGCGUCUCUUGGCUUAGUUGGGGAGCCCAGAACGCGCGGUGUCUUUGAUGAUGAUCUGUUCGGCGAUGAAGAAAGGUUUAUGGAGGACGAGAUCGAUGACCCAGUCCCGAGGAGCAAAGCAGAGGAGGAAGAGAUCCACGAGGCGGCGCCUGGAGACCUGGGUCUCGCCGAGGCUAUCGAUGCGCUUACUGCUGAUAUUGAGCGCCUGGUAUCCCAAGAGUCUAUCGUCGACUCGCUUACAUCGAAAGCUGAGUUGACAAACAACGCUGCAGAACUGAGGAUCUUGCGAAAAUCGAAAGCCAGCCUUCAGCGAGAGAUACAGAGAAAAGAGUUACAGCGUCAGCAGUACAUCGUUCAAGAAAGCGACAACAGCUUGUACGGACGCGCGACUGUGUUCAUUCAAUCGAUCAUGGUCGGCACAGAGGAAGACGGCAAGGAGUAUGCUAUGUACGUCAUCGAAGUACGACGACGUGCCGGCGACCAGAUGCCUGCCGCUACUUGGGUCGUCUCACGACGAUAUAGCGAGUUCCACGAACUAAACAAACGACUCCGCGCCAAAUUUCCGCAAGUCCGAAAUCUGGAAUUCCCGCGCCGGCAGAUGAUGCUGAAACUCCAAAAGGACUUCCUGCACAAGAGAAGGCUUGGGCUUGAGAAGUAUUUAAGGGAGCUUCUCCUCAUUCCAGCUGUAUGCCGCAGCCGCGAACUACGCGCCUUCCUCUCGCAAGCUGCUAUCAGCCCCGCCGAUGCCUUGCGAAACCAGGAUCCAAACUCCAACGACUUCGUAACUCGCAUCUACAACUCAGUCGCGGAUGGUAUGGAAGAGUUCCUAGGCAACAUACCCGUCCUCGAUCAGCUAUCCGUCGCAGGCCAGAACCUCAUAUCAGCCGCGACCACCCAGCUUGCCAACACAAACGGCGCGACCGCCCAACCGGGCAACCUGUCUUCUUCCGGCGUCCUGGUCGCGGGCGAACCCAACAAUGAUGCAGAAGCAGAAGCAGAGCUCCUCGCUUUCGAAAACAAAGAGCUCGAACCCUUCGUAAAACCAAUCUGCGACAUCUUCCUCGAAACGUUCGAACUAAACCGCGAGAACAACUGGCUCCGAGGCCGUGCCGUCGUCGUAGUCUUGCACCAACUCCUCGGAGGCACCAUUGAGCGCAAAGUCCGCGAGUCUUUCGACAAUCUGCUUUCAGAGAACAACAUCGUCAAAUACAUCGACACACUGAAAGAUAGCAUGUGGCCAAACGGCAGGAUGAAAGUCGGUGUCGAACGUACCAGCAAAGACAAAGAGAACAGUAGGAAGGCGGCGAGCGAGGUUCUGAGCACUCUCGUCCCGGAGUUGGCGAGUAGUGUUGUGGGGAGGCAGAAUGCGCAGUUGGCGGCGAAGAAGAUUGAGGGGACUAUCAAUAAUACCCGGUUGAACUUUUUUAGUGAUCAACACCUGAACGAAUUCACGAUGUCUGGACGCGGCGGCGGACGUAACCCACGGGGCGGCCGUGGUGGAAGAGGCGGCAGAGGCGGAGAUCGCGGUCGCGGUCGUGGUGGUUUCAAUAAUGGCAGGCGCGACGGAACCUCACAGCAUGCAUCGAAGCCUGCCAGAGUCAAAGAGACGGAAGAGCAGAGGGAGGCACGAAAGUCAUACAGCUCAUGGAAGCGCCGCCUUGGUGAGGCGGAGACUGAUCCAACCACCAUGCGACGUCUUUGGGAAGGCGCCUACGGUAUACUUGAAGCUGGAGACCGAGACUGGCGUCAGCAGCUCCCACAGGAUCUCAACGAUGACUCGGACGACGAGAGUGGUCAUCGUCACAUUCUCGCCAUUCUAAACUCAAAGGUUGUCGGCUCGGACUACGACACCUUCCUCAGCAACGCCCGCCAUUUCCUGCUUACGCUCACGAAUUCCUCACUCCUUCGAUGUCUCGCGGUUGACACCCACGUCGGUUCCAUCUACAACCUCUUCGGUGGUGUCGGUGGGCGGACUGCAGUCUCAUAUCUCCAGCGGGUUUGCAAGGCUCUGGUGGCAGCUCGAACAUCUUCUUCGGCACCUACCAAGGACCACGAAACGACGCUUCUCGCCAUGGCGACGGCUCUCUUCGAGCUAUUGAGACGUGAGCGCAGAGCCCGGUUCAACGAUGAGAUCACACCGCUGGUAGACUCUAUUCAGGCUGUGAGCGACCUCUACAAGGACUUGGUGUCGCCAGAUACCUCAACACGGACAAGCAAUCGCCUCGAUGAUAUUCGAGCCCUGGUAGCUAGAGCUCACGGACUCCUCGCCGAAACCACCGGUGACAACGGGGUUGAAGACGACAACUAUGCUGGCGACCCUGUAUCAUUCUACCCAAGAGACAUCGUAGUCCCCUCGGACCGCUUUGACAACGACAAGAAAGAUAUUGGCGACAUGGUAAUCUUCCCGACCCGGGAUGAGAUCGUAAGCGAUGCGAAGGAAUUCCUGCCCUAUACCGAUCCCGACCAGCCACACUUCCUUGAAGAUCGCGUGCAACGCCACAUUGAUACUUACUUCCGCCUGUUGCGCCACGAUAUCUUCGGUGAGCUGAAGGGUUCAUUGGCUGGAAUCAUGCACGCGGUAUCUCAAGACUCCAACAUGCUGCUCCACCCCAAUCUCAACCUAGGCGAUAUGCGCGCCAAUCAGUACACCAGUGCUCGCGUCAGCUACGUCACGCUCGACAAACGAAUGGGGUUGCAAGCUCAGAUGGAAUUCUUGCAGCCUGCGAUAGUCCGCAAGAGGAGUGUUAGCCAAAAGGUGAAUUGGUGGGAGGAGUCAAGGCGAUUCGACGAAGGGUCGCUUUUGUCCUUCAUAUGGAUCCAGGAUAACGUCGUUCAACACAUUUUCCUUACUGUCUCAAAUAAGGACACUGAUCCAACAAAGGAGUACAGCUUGACACACCACAGUCAAUUGGCCUACAUGACGGCUAGCCUGGUAACACAAGAUCGAGCGACAGUAAAGAUGCUGAUGCAGGCCAACAUCGGAGCAACCCGCGGCAUCCUACUAGAGUUUCCCAAAGUCAUGCCCGCAACCUUUUCGCCCACGUUGGAGAGUCUACAAGCCAUGCAGCGACUCAAUCGUCUACCGUUUCGGCCGUGGAUCGUUCCAGACAAAUGCAAUGACCGUAUAUCGACAAUUAGGACUCACAGAAUUCCUCCGCCUCUAUACGCGCGUGCCUCUGGCUUCAAGUUCCCCGUCGCCGCUCUCCUGAAAGAAGGUGACAAAGAGGACUCGUUCUCCAUCGAGCCGACAGCAUCAUGUGACGAUCAGGCCCUACUUAACAAGCUGGAAGCCAGGACGCAACUUGAUCGUGGGCAGUGUCGCGCGCUGAUUGCUGCGCUGACACGAGAGUUUGCCUUCAUCCAAGGGCCCCCAGGGACAGGAAAGAGCUUUCUGGGCCUUCAGAUCAUGCGGAUACUACUGGAAAUUAAGAAGAACCGCGAUCUCGGACCUAUAAUCAUCGUAUGCUAUACGAACCACGCCUUGGAUCAGUUUCUCGAACACCUAAUCGACAUCGGCGUUCACAAGCUCAUCCGUGUCGGUGGUAUGAGCAAGUCCAAGAAGCUUCUUAACCAUAAUCUGCGCACCGUCGGCGAAUCGGAGACGAAGACCAAGUCCGAGAAGUAUAUGGCGGCAAUGAACUACAAGGAUCUGGAUCAGAAUGAGAAGGAGGCCAAGAUGCUCUUUGGUGGUCUCCAUGGCUUGUCGAAACGUCCGGACUGGCACAAGCUUAAAGGUUUUAUUCAAGAGGAACAUCCGAAGAUCUACAAUCAGUUUCGUUCUGUCGAUGACGAGGGCUUCAAAACAGCCGGUCGCCAUCCAUUCGAUGUAUGGAUCGCCGGUACUGAGGCCUAUGGCCAAUCCUUAUUACCUCAGGGCGCCUUACAGCAAAUAAUUCGCCAGGCGACUACAAGCGUGUUUUCUCUGUCAAUGCUUGAGAGGAGCGCACUUGUCGCCUCCUGGGUCUCGCAAGCUCAAGGAAAUAAGGUCGGCGAGCUCUUCGAAAUCGUCAAUAGUGCAGCCAAGACUCAACGCCAAUUGAGCAACAUCCAUGAGGAGUUGAACCGACGACUACUAGAAGAGGCUGAUGUCAUUGGGGUUACCACGUCCGGCUUGGCAAAGCGUAUCUCCGUUCUCCAGCAGGUGAAGUGUAAGGUGAUCAUCUGUGAAGAAGCCGGUGAGGUCAUGGAGAGUCACAUGAUCUCGGCGAUGCUUCCCGAUGUUGAGCAUCUGAUCCAGAUUGGUGAUCACGAGCAGCUUCGGCCCUCUGUCAGCAACUUCCGCGACUUGUCGCUCGAGAGCGAGCGAGGAAAGCUUCACGCGCUCGAUAGGAGUCAGUUCGAGCGACUCUCGAUCGGUGAGCCCGGGCGGCCUCUGAUGCCUGUUGCUCAACUGAAUGUACAGCGUCGAAUGCGCCCGCAAAUCUCUUCGCUGAUUCGCGAAACAAUCUAUGAUAAGCUCAAGGACCAUCCGUCUACCAUCGAGCUGCCGGAUGUUGUUGGGAUGCGCCGCAACGUCUUCUGGCUCGACCACACCAAUUUCGAAAACGAGAAGGGUGCAGAUACACACGAUACGAAGUCCAAGUCCAACUUAUGGGAAGUCAAGAUGGUGCAUGCUUUGGUCCGGCAUAUCGUUCGGCAGGGCGUCUACAAGCCUGAUGAUAUCGCAGUCCUGACUCCAUACACUGGCCAGCUUCAGAAGCUCCGCGGCGCUAUGAGUAGCGAUUUUGAGAUCUGCCUCAGCGAUCGCGAUCGAGAAGCGCUUGAGAGGGACGGUUUCGCAGUAGAGGAUGACGAUACAUCGAAGACCACAGUACCUGCCCACGAGAGUUAUCAAGGGAAGCCGCUGGAGAAAAAGCAAUUGUCGGAGUUACUGAGAGUCGCUACGGUCGACAACUUUCAAGGAGAAGAAGCCAAGAUCAUCAUUGUCUCUCUUGUGCGGAGUAACGACCGCCAAAACGUUGGCUUUCUCAAGACGACAAACCGAAUCAAUGUCUUGCUGAGUCGCGCUCAACAUGCCCGACGACUUUCACAAGCUGAGUCCUGA